AGCCUUUGGGAUUCUGCAAGCUGUAGCUGGAGAUUUGUGUGCCUUCGAAGCAAUGGGAAACGCCUGCAGCAAGGCUUUGCGCGCGGUUUUCCGAUUGCCCCUCGGAUUCAUGGGAUCAGGUCUGGCUGUUAUGCGAACACUACGAACACGUUUGUGGCCGGCCCCGGCUGGCCAGCUAGGACAAGCAGAUGAGGAAGACCAGAAGAAGGUGCAGGAGUCUUUCAUCAGUAAACCUACGGAUUACGACUGUGUCAUCCGGAUGAUGUCGCUGGCGGAGUUUGCCAAGGAGAAACGCAUUUGGCUCCUGCGCUCUGUUUCGUCCGACUUCAAUCCGGAAGAUUGUCAGGAUGUUCGCAUCAUCUCGGUGGUUGGGCUGUUCAACAAGGGGCAAGACCUUCCUGUUGAACAAGCUCUUCGGGCUGAACCUGCCAUCUGGCAAGACUCAGGUGACACAAGGCUUGUCGUGCGUCUACCUGAAAGAGCGACGCAUGCUGCUCAUCGACUCUCCUGGGGUGCAGUCGACUGUGUCGUACAAGUCGGACAGCAUCGACAGGGUUGUGGAUGCCCAGAGCACGGAGGCCUUUCUCUUCGAGCUGGUUUCUCAACUUUCUGACCACAUCAUGUUUGUUGUGAACGACUUCACGUCGUUUGAGCAGAAGUAUGUCCAGAUGUUUGAGCAGAAGGAGCAGUUCAGUCACAAGGCUGCGCGGGAGCUGAUCGUGGUGCACAACUUGGCAUCCACGCAGGAUCCACAGGAGGCGGAGGGGCUGUUCCACAAGCAAAUCACCUCAAGGUAUGACGGUGUGGAAAGCCAUUUGGGCAAGCUGUUCUACACAGCGAGGCGCAACCCGCCCGUCCACCACUUUGCGAUUUGCAAGGAAGGCAGUGCAGCUGGAGAUACCUUCAACCACAGCAACAUCCGCCUGCUGUUGGAGCACUUGGAACACGCCAAGAAGCUGCCUGAGAAGGUGGUGCUGAAGGAACUCCUCCGCAGCAAGGUGGACGACUUGCUGCCCCGCUUCCUGCUCAUGGGGUGCGACGACGCGGGUGGACGAAACCUGGAGUACCACCAGUACCAUGAGCAAGAGGCAAGAGCUGAAGAGCACUUUGAGGACUUCCCGUCCCAUCGCAAGAUCGGCUACUUCCACGUGACCUGUGACAAGCUGGACGUCAAGACCGAGGGUGUGAUCUCGGACCUCGGCGAGGUGAUCUCGUACGACAAGUCGUUCAGCCCGGAGCCCAUGAUCUUCGACCAGAAGACUUCGGAAUACCUUACCCGCACCAUCCUCUUCGAAUGCCCUGGUGUGCGGCCUGAGGGUGUACGCUGGGAUCAGCAGGGGGAGGGCCUGACCAUUCGCAUUGAGAAGUCCAAGCUGAUCGACGAGGGCUCUGUCACUGCGGUGUCCAGCCUGCGGCAGCAGUCUGGGGUCUACGAGAAGAACUUCCGCUUCAUGGAUGGGCCGUUUGAGGUGUCCGAAGACCAGUGCGCCUUGGAGUUUGGAGUGCUGACAAUCAAGCUCAAGAAGUGCCUUAUCAACAAGCGCGGGGGUUUGCAGAGCAUCCAGGAGUCCAGGGUAGAGGCCGUCAGCUACGUGCCAACGUCCUCCUUGCCGUCUGAGGCCGAAGGCCUUUGCCGCGCCCACACGGUUUCUGACGCUCAUCCCUGCGUGAGAACCUCUGGCGGGAAUGCCAGCGAGGGCUUCUUCAAGGUGUCCAGCGACACGGCAGCGACUGCAGACUCCGCGAUCCUGACGCCAGCAAGUGCCUAGUUUCGCUGACACGCUGCUCUGAGCAGACAGCUCGCACCUCGCUCAUGCAUGCGAGGCCGCGAGUAAUACACUUGCAUGCCAACAUCCAUCAAAUUCACAUGGUGCAUUCACUGGUUCACAGCUGCGGGUUUCGAGUGGUCAAUCCUCUCUAGAAGCUGUGGGCCUUGCCCGGAAGACAGCUGCAUGUGUGCAAUGUGUUGCUGUGCCGUUGUUCUACUGCGGCAGGCUUGCCAGCGGCAUGUUGGGAUAAGACGGAAGUGUUGGGUUUCGAAGAGUGUUGCGUUGCAGCUGCGCAUGAUCGGGUUGGCAAGAGCCAUGUUAGCUUCCAAUUGUCUACAACACGAAUUCCUGCGAGCUCCCGAUUUGCGCUUGAGACAGGGUAGAGUUGCAACCUUAGCAAUUUGGCUGAAUGAGCCAAGGGCCAUCAUGGAAUUGAAUCGUGAGCUCAUGUUAUGAGUUGCAAGCGCAGAAGCGCAUGUGCAAUGUCCAGGUUUUGUCAACCCACGCCCUCCUAUGCAGUGCUGCUUGGGGGUGCCGCUUGACAAAGGAGUCUGGCUUGGUAGUUGCUGCUUUGUGUUUUUGUUGCCUCCACACUCACAGUUUGCCAUAUGUUCUGAUUCAAUGUUUCUUGAGCAGAAG